GGUCAUUAAAAGCCUCAUCGUUUUGAAUAAUUCAGGUUAAAUUGGUUAACUCUUAUUAGAAGUACCAAGGAACUUUUAAUAUGUUCAAGUUUAUUGCUUUUUGUGUUUUUCUAGUAGUUAUUGAAGCCUUUCCAGUCGAACAGAAUGAUGAUGAAAGUUUUGCCCUUGAAAAUCCAGAUUUGAUUGAGGGGGACAUAAUUCCCGAUGAUGAAGACGAUUAUGAUCGAAACGCGAUUGCGAGUUCAAAGAAACUGUGGCCGAAAGGAAAAAUUCCAUACGUGAUUUCUUCAUCCCUAAGUGACAAAACAGAAAAUAUCAUAAAUGCCAUGAAACAUAUUGAAAGUCAAACCUGCAUUCGUUUUGUGAAGCGCACUAAAGAAGCAAAUUACGUCAGAAUAUAUAAAGGAAGUGGCUGCAAAUCGAAAAUUGGAAUGGCUGGAAAAGCCCAAGAUCUUUCCCUUGGCGAAGGCUGCCACAAGUCUGGAACAAUUAUCCAUGAAUUAGCUCAUGCUAUCGGAUUUUUUCACGAACAAACUCGUUCUGACAGAGAUGAUUACAUCGCUAUUCACUGGAAUAACAUUCAGAAAGGUCAUGAAGCUCAAUUUGAGAAAAGAAAGCCUUCGGAAAAUAAACUUCUAACUCCAUAUGACUAUGAGUCGGUGACACACUACGACGGUUUGGCUUUUAGCAAGGACAAGCCCGGUAACCUCAUGACGAUGACACCAAAGAAAAAAGGAGUGGUUUUGCAGAAAACAAGUGAAAAGGUCCUCAGUAAAGAUGAUAUUAAAAGAAUUAAAUUGCUUUACAAAUGCUGAAUAUUGUAAAACACUUUCAAAAUAAAGACAUUUGAAAGUUGAAAAUAAGUGAAUUUA